AUCAUCGUAUGGCUGAAAGAAUCGAGUUUUUCCCUUUGCACUCCACGACUGACAGUGAUUUGCAGCAACUGGGCCAAUGUCUGUGGGGAUGGCGGCUAUGCGACCAUUGUCCAGGUAAACCGGCAUGUUCCAAUGCGCAAUGUUUCUGGGGCCGAGCGAAGCGACAGGCUGCUUGCUGGACUCGUUACAAGACCUUGACGGCAACCUACGUACCUGAGCUGUUCACUCCGCGCCCAGCAUUGAGGUCGCAUGGAGAUCUUUUGGACCUGAUUCAGCUUAUCCAAAGUCAACCUCAUAGCACGCGAGAGGAGAUGAUUCAGCACCAUUUUGUGGGACAGCGCAUCGGCGACGCAGAAGCUCCUGCUACAAUAGAUCAGCAUCGCGCCAUGGAUCUUGCAGCCAGCAUCUUGUUCUUGGUCGAUUGCGGAAACACGUGUGAGCGCGCGAACCUCUUGGAGGAAGGUAGCUCAUCACUGCCAUGGCGAGAUGGUGUUUCCGCACAUGACUUUCUCGUAGAAGCAUUUCCAAAACGACCCAAUCCAUCUAUCAUAUCUGGGAAGGAAAGAGUUGAAUGGCCGGUCGUAACAGCUGCUGUGAGCGCGAAUGAGUUGCGGAGGGUCCUCGAACUCCGCCUAGAAGCAACGACUGAUCUGCGAAGUCAUCUACUACUGGAUCGUGAAAGAGGUGUACUGAAGGUCUUCCAUUGUACGGCGAUGCUGAAAGAAACUCUGUUAGUGUCUAGAAGUCAACCGACAGCGUGUAUGCUACCGCGACAGCUCAUCUUAGAGGUGUUUGACACCAUACAUAACGUCCUGUUUCCCUCAGAUAGCGAGUCGCAGGCCCUUCUCUCGUCACUUGUUGCAAAACACGGUUUUGACGAAGACCUCAUGAGAUUCGAAUCCUGGGAUCAUUAUGGGCAUAACGACACCAUACUUUCGUAUCCCUACUUUGGCAAUCGACUGGCAGAGCUCUACGAGGAACUGCAAAAUCCAAAACCGCGAACUCGAUUGGAGAGCUGGUUUGAGCGAAAGAGCGGCGCAAGGUACAUGCUGAUGGCAACGAUGAUCGGUGUUUUCAUCGCGGUACUCAUUGGAAUCUUAGGGCUCGGAAUCUCCGGUUUCCAGGCUUACGUGUCGUACCAGCAGUGGAAGCAUCCUGUGAAGGAUGCAUGAGUUGAAGACAAGUGUUUCGAACGCGGAACAAGCGGUGACGGGCGCGUGGAGGCUUUCCCCGAUGAAUUUCGGUGAGGAUACGAUGGAGAAAGAUGGGAUGGUGGGGAAAAAUGGGUGGC